AUGCCGGUCGGUCUUUUUACGGCGCCGUCAGUAUUCCAAAGAUAUGUCAACCAUGUCUUUCAAGAUCUUAUUUCUGACGGUACUGUCCUUGCCUACUUGGAUGAUUUGAUUUUACCCUCGGAGUCAGAAGAAGAAAGAUUGGAGAAGCUGGUAAAAGUGUUCCACAGAGCUGAAGAGUACGGUCUUUUAUUUAACUGGAAGAAAUACCACUUCAUGAAGAGGGAGAUAAAAUAUUUAGGCUAUAUAAUACGGAAUAAUGAAUUACGCCCGUCAAAAGAAAAGAUUUCAGCCGUAUCAAGAUUUAAAACCCCUCAUAACAUCAAGUCUUUACAGUCUUUUUUAAGACUGUCUGGUUAUUUUAGAAAGUUCAUCAAAAAUUAUUCUAUAUUUCCAAAACCACUUACCAAUUUAUUGAAGAAAGACGUUGAAUUCAAUUUUGAUGAAGAGUGCAAAAUGGCUUUCAAUAAAUUGAAAAGAAUAUUGUGUAGUUCACCUGUGUUACGGAUUUAUGAUCCAGAGCUAGCAACAGAACUACACACAGGUGCUAGCGCAGAAGGCUAUGGCACCGUUCUGUUACAGAAAAGUCCUACAGAUAAUCAAAUGCAUCCAGUCUACUACAUGAGCAAAAAAACGACAUUCGCUGAAAGAAAGUAUCACAGCUAUUACUUGGAAAUACUGGCGAUUGUUGAAGCUGUCAAGAAAUUCCGUGUCUAUCUACUAGGAAUUCGUUUUAAAAUCAUUACAGAUUGCUCUGCUCUUACUAAAACAUUACAGAAGAAAGACUUACCUCCACGUUUUACUCGAUGGACUCUGCUCCUAGAAGAGUAUAAUUAUGAGAUAGAACACAGGUCAGGAUCAAGACUUAAACAUGCUGACGCACUAAGCCGGAACCCUGUCUGCUUGAUACUUACCGAAGCUGCUGCCCGCUUGAAGAGAGCUCAAGACGACGACCCUCAUAUCAGUCUGUUAAAGAAAAUGUUAGAAAAAGAACCCUAUCAAAACUAUAUUAUGGAAAGAGGAAUAUUAUGCAAGGAGAAAGAUGGUACAAGACUUAUUGUAGUGCCAAAGAAAAUGCAGAACGAAGUAAUAAGGAAGAAGCAUGAUUAUGGACAUUUUUGA